AGAAAGUAUUUCUGCUGCAGGUAAUUUAGGUGAAGCAGAUGUUUCUCUCACAUCAUACGAUUACAACGAUCCGGACCGUGAUUGAAACACGAAUAAAAAAAAAAAAAGCGGAGAAUAAAUGAAGCUCACUCUUACCUUCUCUACCCCAGCCAUAUAGUAGAAGAGUCUGCCCAUGGCAGUGACUCUUAGAGUGCCGCACGUCAGUGCAAAGCGAGUGUAAGUUGGGUAUAGGAGCUGACGAUCAUGUAAAUUGCAGUUAUGACUUAGUGCGCUUAUGUCACGUUAGUUCGUGGCGAAAAUUUGGAGGUUAUGGCCCGGUUUGUCGUCCACGUGCUCUUAUUUGGAACGGUAAUUGUUACUGCUAGCGAAUUAUCGCCCUGUCCGUCUGAAUGUGAUUGUCAGGGGUUUAUUGUAGACUGUAACAACCGAGGAUUGAAGUUUGUGCCUCGUUAUCUACCAGAAGAUGCGAGGAGAAUAAAUUUGGAAGGAAACAACAUAACAGUUAUAAAAGAAAAUGACUUUCAGGGAUUGAAACACUUACAAAUAUUGUAAGUAGAACGUGUUUUCUUUAUCUUCUGAUGCUUUUUUUUUAAUGGUAUAACCCUCUAAACUAUUUAUUCCAAUGCACAAAAGUGGGUUGAGUUCAUCUUCCACCAGAAAAAAAAAUAUCAGGGUUGUUCCGCUAAGCAUCCGUAGCACGUAUCUCCAUUACAAUAGCAGUAAAUUGGAAGCAGUGACAGGUGUGUGCCAUGACAGAGUUGGGCGCCGUAGGGUACCAAACACUGUAUACCUGUUCCCAGCAGGUGAUCUGGUCUCGGAAUGAGUGUUGAAGUCUUUAUCAAAAGCUAGAGUCAAAUAGCAUAAAGGCAUGAGUGAUUUUGGCAUCUGAUUUGUCAGCGGGUUAUUUCAAUCUUUGUGCAAUCUUCUCUUAGUACGAAAAA